AUGAGUGGCAUACUACCCGAUCCCACGGCCGACCUCGAUUGGAGUGGCUACGCCGGCGCCAUACACGAGAUAUUUCACAAGAACGCAUUGGCCUUCCCCGACAGGCCUUGCGUGACCGAGACCAAGACACCCACAUCACCGACAAGAGCAUAUACGUACCGCCAGAUCGACGAGGCAUCUAGCACCAUUGCGAAUUACCUCCAUGAUUCAGGCAUCACCAAUGGCGAUGUUGUCAUGAUAUUUGCCCACCGCUCGGUGGAGCUAGUCUGCGCCUUCAUGGGAACAUUGGCUGCCGGAGCUACAGUCACAGUGCUAGAUCCUCUCUACCCCCCGCAGAGGCAACAGAUCUAUCUGGAAGUCUCCCAGCCAAAGGCACUCAUAUCCAUUGGCAAAACGACAGACGAGAAUGGCCCCCUUGCACCUCUUGUACAGAAGUACAUCGACGAGGAGCUAUCUAUCAAAUCCCGGAUCCCGGACCUACGUCUCAAUGAUGAUGGCAUCCUGUCUGGCGGCAAACAGGAUGAUAACGACAGCGACAUUUUUGAUGCCAUAAGGGGCAAGGUAUCGUCACCUCCCGAUGUUCUCGUUGGUCCGGACUCCAACCCUACGUUAUCAUUCACCUCCGGAAGCGAGGGGCGGCCCAAGGGUGUUUUAGGACGUCACUACAGCUUGGCCAGGUACUUCCCCUGGAUGGCCCAGCGCUUCAACCUGUCAUCCGACAGUGUGUUUGCCUGUCUCUCCGGUAUUGCUCAUGAUCCUAUCCAGCGAGACAUCAUGACGCCUCUGUGGCUUGGCGCACAGCUGCUCAUUCCUGCCAAGGAAGACAUUCAGCACGAGAAACUGAGCGAAUGGAUGAAUGCAUGGUCACCAUCCACGGCCCAUCUCACCCCUGCGAUGGGUCAAAUUCUCGUCGGUGGCGCUACCACCAAGUUUCCCGCAUUGCGUCAGGUCUUCUUUGUCGGCGACGUUCUCACCACCCGCGACUGCAAGGUGCUGCGUAAACUAGGACCUUCAUGCAAUAUCAUCAACAUGUAUGGCACAACCGAGACCUCUCGCGCUGUAUCGUAUUUCGAGGUACAAUCUGCGGCCCAGGAUCCGACAGCUCUCGAUCAACUGGGGGACACCAUCCCUGCUGGCUGGGGGAUGAAGGAUGUGCAGGUCCUUGUCGUAUCGCAAGCGGACCACACUAAGAUGUGCGGCAUUGGCGAAGUUGGCGAGAUCUACAUCAGAGCCGCUGGGCUGGCUGAGGGAUACCUAGGCGACCCCGAGAAGAACAAGGAGAAGUUCAUCAAUAAUUGGUUCGUGGACAACAUCACGUGGGUUGAAGCCGACAAGGCCAACGACAAGGGUGAACCGUGGCGCCGCUACUACAAGGGGCCCCGCGACAGGUUGUAUCGCACCGGUGAUCUUGGGCAGUACCUACCGUCCGGCGCUGUUCGCGUGUCUGGCCGCAUCGACUCUCAGGUCAAGAUUCGCGGAUUCCGCAUCGAACUUAACGAGAUUGACGCCAACUUAAGCGGCAGCCCUCUAAUUCGAGACUGCAAGACCCUCGUUCGAAGGGACCGAAACGAGGAGCCGACGCUCGUCAGCUACAUUGUACCUGAGAUCAGCGAGUGGAAGCGUUGGCUGGAGGCUCAUGGUCAUGAGGAUGUCGAAGACGAGGGUGUGGAGAUGGGCCCCAGCGUCGUCUACCUCAAGAGAUUCCGCCGCAUGCAGGCUGAGGUGCGAGAUCAUCUCAAGACACGUCUGCCUGUGCACUCGGUGCCCUCGAUCUAUAUCGUCCUGCAGAAGCUCCCCCUGAAUCCGAACGGGAAGGUCGACUCCCCCAACCUGCCCUUCCCCGAUGCAGCACUUAUGAUGGAGGAUGCCUCGGAAGAGGAUCUGAAGAGCUGGGAAAAGUUGUCUGAGACUGAAAAGACCAUUGCUACUCAGUGGUCAACUCUAAUUCCAGGCCUCAACGCCAAGACCAUCAAGCCCGAUUCGAGUUUCUUCGACUGCGGAGGGCACAGUCUCCUGGCCCAGCAGCUCCUGCUCACGAUCCGCAAAAGCUUGGAUGCCGACAUCACCAUCGGUGUUCUAUACGCGAACCCCACUCUUGGAGCUUUGAGCACACAAGUAGACCGUUUGCGCAACGGCCAGGCCGUCACGGUCGACAAGUCGGCCGACACCGUAUACUCCGAUUCCUUCAAUGAAUUGAUCAACACUCUCGACGCCAAGUACGAGAGCGCGGAUCCGGAUGCUCUGAGCCCAUCGCAUGGGGCGACAUUCUUCCUCACAGGUGCCACGGGCUUCCUAGGGGCAUAUCUGGCGAAGGAUAUUCUGGACAGGAAGAACACCAAGCUCAUUGCGCAUAUUCGUGGAGCCAAGGAUCUCGCUUUCGCCAAGGACCGUCUCACGAGAUCUCUCAAAGGUUAUGGGUUGUGGCAAGAUUCCUGGGCCGAUAGAAUCUCCUGCGUUCUUGGUGACCUUUCCAAGCCCCGUCUUGGCCUCGACGAUGUCAGUUGGAAGCACGUUGCCGACACAGCGGAUGUCUUUGUCCAUAAUGCGGCCUAUGUUCACUGGAUCGCGCGCUACGAGCAGAUGAUGCGCAGCAACGUCCUCUCAACCAUUGAUGCCAUGAAGCUCUGCAAUGAAGGAAAGCGGAAGCUAUUCUCCUUCGUAUCGUCGACUUCAACACUCGACACCGAUUACUACGUUCAGCUGUCACAGGAGCAGACUGCCACGGGACGUGGGGCGGUACUCGAGGCCGACGAUCUGCAGGGCAGCCGCAUUGGUCUUGGCACUGGCUAUGGCCAGACCAAAUGGGUGUCUGAGCAGCUGGUGCGAGAAGCCGGCAGACGAGGCCUUCGCGGCGCCGUCGUCCGUCCUGGGUACAUCCUCGGCAGCCGCCAUGGCGGCGUAUCGAACACGGAUGACUUCCUCAUCAGGUUUUGCAAGGGAUGUGUUCAGCUGGGUUCGCGGCCCCGGAUUGUCAACUCGGUGAACGCUGUCCCCGUGGAUCACGUGGCGCACGUUGUCAUCGCGGCAGCCCUGAAUCCUCUUCCUGGUGUCAACGUCGUGCACGUCACGGCCCACCCUCGGCUGCGGAUGAAUGAGUUCCUUUCUGCGCUGAGCUACUAUGGAUACAACGUCCCAGAGGUCGACUAUGAGGAGUGGAAGACACAGCUUGAAGAGUUUGUGUCAGCUGGCUCCGUCGAAAAGGACCAGGAGCAGAGCGCGCUGAUGCCGCUGUUCCACAUGGCCACCUCGAAUCUGCCGUCGACGACGCGCGCCCCAGAGUUGGACGACAGAAAUGCCGUCGCCGUGCUCAAGGCUGACGCAGACCGCUGGACAGGCGUAGAUGACAGCGCAGGCGAGGGAAUUACCCGCGAAGAUAUCGGGCGGUAUCUGCGCUAUCUCGUCGAGAUCAAGUUCCUGGUGCCGCCGACAGGUCGAGGCCGGGAGCUACCACCCAUCGCCGCCGAUGUUGCGGAGGCCCAGGCGCAAUGGAGUGUGGGCGGUCGCGGCGGCGCGGCUUAA